GUGCACCUUCACUUACGACCUCCACUCAAAUCCUCGACCCUUGCUCUCGUUGCACAAUCUUUCUGUCUUAAUAUUUCAACAAUGGCAUCUGCGGAAGUAAAUGUUCCAUUCUUCAAAAAGAAAGGGAGAGGAAGACCAACCACUAGUCGGAAACGCUCUACGUCUCCUCAACCUACAGCUCUCGCCGUUCCUGUUCCAUCGUCCUCGAAAUCAGAGGUAGUCCUUCCCUCGCGCAAGGCUGCGGCAAAUAUUCUUAGUGCUGGCACAAAGCGUACAUCUUCACAGCGUCAGAGGGACGACUUGAACGACGAGGAACCGACAAGAGAGGGCCCUGACGUGAAGUGGACAGCGCAAGGAUCCCAUUCUCAUGCUGCCUUGGAGAUACUCGCUGGAGACGAGGCCGAGGAAAUGCUUAGGAAAAGACAGAAGAAGGGUGACGCUGAGGAUGAGGAGGGUCCAGACGAUAAUCUUUAUAGAGGGCAGAAGGCGUACAAGAGCCACAUAAAGAAGAACACUGAGGUGCCGAAAGCUAUGCGCGUUGGUCCUCAGAGGUCGUCGAAUAGCACCAUCCGUACAGUCACUAUUGUGGACUAUCAACCUGAUGUGUGCAAAGAUUACAAAGAAACUGGUUAUUGUGGUUUCGGUGAUACAUGCAAGUUCUUGCAUGAUCGUGGUACCUAUCUCGCCGGAUGGCAGCUCGAUAAAUUGGCAGAGAACCCUCAAAAACAAGUAGAGGAUGAGUCAGAUUCUGACUCGGACGAAGACAUCCCCUUCGCCUGUCUGAUUUGUCGGAAACCAUACACCGACCCUGUCGUCACCCGCUGUGGUCAUUACUUCGAUUCGGCAUGUGCAAUCAAACGUUUCGCAAAGACACCGAAGUGUGCAGCAUGCGGAGCGCCGACCGGCGGUAUAUUCAAUCGGGCAGAUAAGGUGAUUGAGAAGAUGAAAAAGAAGAGAGAGGAGGACGAUGCUGAGGUUGCUGGAACCGGCAACGAACCUGGAGGUGACAGUGGAGGUGUGCAGAUCGAAGGUCUUAACAACGAAAGUGACGAUGAGAGUGAUGAGGAGUGAUGGAUGCUCGCGUACUAGGUUCGGCUUCUUGGACAAUGGCUUCUUGCAUCGCUGACUUAUUUGACUUUUCGUGUACUUUACAUAUUAUUUUACGUGCACAACGCAGGACCGGUAUCAUACAGGGUCUCCACUAUGCAAUUAGUCGGUAAUCAGUAUUGCGAUCAAUACGGCGAGACAGCCGUCAACGUACGUCCUGCGAAUGACGGAAAGACCAAGAUGAACCUGGGAUGUUUGACCAAU